ACUGGUUGGGGUCCUUUGCGCUGGGGCUAGCAGGAUUAGCAGCAACAUGCCGACUGUCGGAGUAAAACGGGACCUUCUUUUCAAAGCGCUGGGCAAAACAUACACGGAUGAGGAGUUUGAUGAGUUAUGCUUUGAAUUUGGGUUGGAGUUGGAUGAAAUUACUUCUGAAAAGGAAAUAAUUAGCAGAGAACAAGGAGACUCCAAAGCAUCCGGGGCAUCUGAUAUAAUCCUGUACAAAAUUGAUGUUCCAGCCAAUCGCUAUGACCUGCUCUGUCUGGAGGGCCUGGUCCGUGGGCUACAGGUCUUCAAGAAUAAGUUGGAGGCCCCACGAUACAGACGUGUCCGCCCUGCGAGUGGAGAGCCCCAAAAGCUCAUCAUCACAAAGGAGACAGCUGCAGUUCGACCUCACGCUGUCGCUGCAGUUUUGAGGAACAUCACAUUCACUCAGGAGAAGUAUGACAGCUUCAUUGAGCUCCAGGAGAAACUGCACCAGAACAUCUGCAGAAAGAGAAGCCUGGUGGCCAUUGGGACUCAUGAUUUGGACACAAUCUCUGGUCCUUUCACAUACACAGCCAAACCUCCAGCUCAGAUCAACUUCAAACCUCUGAACCAAACCAAAGAGUACAGCGCCACAGAGCUCAUGAGCCUAUACAAGACGGACAGCCACCUGCGACAUUACCUUCACAUUAUUGAAGACAAACCCGUGUAUCCUGUUAUCUACGACAGCAAUGGCAUCGUCCUCUCCAUGCCCCCCAUCAUCAACGGAGACCAUUCAAAAAUCAGUCUCCAAACCAAGAAUGUCUUCAUUGAGUGCACGGCCACAGAUGUGACCAAGGCUAAGAUUGUUUUGGACAUGAUGGUGACGAUGUUCAGCGAAUAUUGCGCCCAGCCCUUCACGGUAGAGGAGGCAGAAGUGGUUUACCCCGAUGGAAAGACCUGCAUUUAUCCUGAGCUGGCCUACAGGACGGAGAAGUUGUCCAGUGAAUUCAUAAACCGCAAAGUGGGAAUAAAUGAGUCAACAGAAAAGAUUGCCCAGCUUCUGACCAAGAUGUGCCUAAAGUCUAAAGCCACAGGAGCCGGAGAUGAGAUCGAGGUAGAGAUCCCACCCACUCGCUCUGAUGUCAUCCAUGCAUGUGACAUCAUGGAGGACGCCGCCAUCGCCUAUGGGUUCAACAACAUCAUCCGCACCACACCCAGAACUUACACCGUCGCAAAUCAGUUUCCUAUCAACAAACUGACAGAGCUGCUGAGACAGGACCUGGCUGCAGCAGGUUUUACUGAAGCCCUCAACUUUGCCCUGUGCUCUAAGGAGGAUAUCGCAGACAAACUUGGAAAAAAGAUCGAAGACACCAAAGCCAUCCACAUCUCCAACCCCAAAACAGCAGAGUUCCAGGUGGCGCGCACUACCUUGCUCCCAGGGCUGUUGAAAACCAUUGCAGCCAACAGAAAGAUGCCGCUGCCUCUGAAGCUGUUUGAGAUUUCUGAUGUGGUUCUAAAGGAUGCAACUAAAGAUGUGGGGGCGAGGAACAGCCGUCGUUUCUGUGCGGUCUACUACAGUAAGAGUCCCGGUUUUGAGGUGAUACAUGGGCUCCUGGACAGAACCAUGCAGCUGCUGGAGGUCAGCCCAGGGGAAGGCUACAGCAUCAGGGCUGCAGAUGACUGCACGUUCUUCCCGGGCCGCUGUGCUGAGAUCUUUGUGCGGGGGCAGAGUGUGGGGCGCCUCGGGGUCCUCCAUCCGGACGUGAUCACUCGCUUUGAGCUGACCAUGCCCUGCUCCGCUCUCGAGAUGGACCUGCAACCAUUCCUUGGCCACACAGCUGAGAUUUCCCUAUCCCACGACGUUCCAUUGAAAGAAACCAAGAUUCACCAUUUCCCAACAAACCCUGGAUCUUCACAGUGCCCUGUCCUCAUCAAUCCAACCUCGACGAAAACUACAUUCGGAGACAUGAGCACCCAAGCCGGCCUGAAAGUCCUAAACAGUUUCCUAGCGGAUAAAAGCUACAUUGAGGGAUUUUCUGCAUCCCAGGCCGACGUUGCUGUUUUUGAAGCCAUCCCUUCCUCACCACCAUCAAAUCUUUCCCAUCUACUCCGCUGGUAUAAUCAUGUGAAAUCAUUCUACGCAGAGAAAUCCAGUCUACCAGCGUCCAAAAGUCAAUACGUAAUUCCUGACCCCACUCAAAACAACGGAAGUGUUAUCAAUGACGAUGACGAAGACUUGGAUUUGUUUGGGUCCGAUGAUGAAGACGAAGAAGCGGAAAAGAUCAAGCAACAACGCCUUGCAGAAUACGCAGCGAAGAAGGCCAAGAAACCAGCUUUGAUCGCCAAAUCUUCUAUCCUUCUCGAUGUUAAACCCUGGGAUGACGAGACAGAUAUGGUUAAAAUGGAGGAGUGCGUUCGGAGCGUGGAGAUGGAGGGUUUGCUGUGGGGGCAGUCCAAGCUGGUUCCGGUUGGAUAUGGGAUUAAGAAACUCCAGAUCGGGUGCGUGGUGGAGGAUGAUAAAGUGGGGACAGACAUGUUAGAAGAGGCCAUUACUGCAUUUGAGGACUACGUGCAGUCUGUGGAUGUAGCAGCGUUUAAUAAGAUCUGAAACUAUAAUGUCUUUUGGUAAAAUAAUCAAUAAAGAAAUUUAACUUUUGGCA